AUGUCAGCAAGAAUUCAUAAUUGUUUGUUAUCUUACAGAAAAACUGGAUUCAGUAGUGAGAUAAAACCACUUCAAGGAAUCGAGGAGCAUUUAGCAAAUUUUGAAAACAUUACGUGUAGAGAUUCUACUCAGCUGCAAGCAAUACUAGAAACAACAGAAAAGUUAUCUGAGAAAUUGGAUAUACUUUCUACUGCCUUAAAAAAUAGAACAAGAAAUGUAGAAUCAACCGAAUUGAAUAAACAAAAAUUGCAACCUGAUACAUAUUCAACCCAGAAAGAACCAAAUCAAACAGAACAGAAAACUGUCACAUCAUCCUGUGAGCAAAAUGUUAAAGAAAUACACGACAAAAAACAGGAGAGUUGUUCAAAGUUCCAGAAAGAUGUAGUACCAGAACCAGUAACAGACAAGUAUUGCCGAAGUCAAAUAGAAGAUAAAGUCAGUAACGUAGACAAUUUGAAAGACGAAAAGCAGCAGAAACCAAAAAUCAGACAAUUAGUAAACGGUUUCAAACAUUACAGAACCAAUCAAGACCUUGACAAUAGAAUGUGUUAUAAGAGAAAGAAACCCUGCUUUCAAGGUGAAAUAUUAAAUCCACCGAUUGCAACAACCGCACUCCAGAGUGAAAAGGAACCUUCACCAAACAUAACGAUAAAUUAUGUGAAUGAAAGGAGUCCUAAUCAUACAUACGAUAGAUCAUAUGAAAAACAGAGGGAAAGAAAAGCAUUGGCUCAGAAUGCUCAAAGAGGUAAUUAUUACAAUAUUACAUAA